AUGUGGAAUGUGAGAGGUGUCAACAACCUUCAGAAGCAACAAAGUGUUAGGAAAUUUCUUAACACUCAAGCUGUGGGUGUUGUAUGCCUCUUGGAGACAAAGGUGAAACCUAUCAACAUGGGUUCACUUUACAAAAAUGUUUUUCAGGGUUGGUGCUUCACCUCCAACUCAAGUUGUCAUAGUGGAGGGAGAAUAGUAGUUGCUUGGAACCCUAUGUUUGUUUCAGUUGAUUUUGGUAAUAUGACAAGCCAACUAGUUCAAUGUGUGAUAACCUCUAUUCAGCAUAAAGACAUUAGUUUCAUAUGUAGCUUUGUGUAUGGACAUAAUAAGGCAGUCAAGAGGGAGAAACUUUGGAUGGACUUGAGAGAGAUAGCAAGUAUGAACAAUAAUCCCUGGAUGGUAGUGGGGGAUUUUAAUUAUGUCUUAAAUACAGAUGAAAGGGUAGACUCAUUGGUGACAAGUAGAGAAACUGCUGAUUUUAGGAGAUGUGUUUUUUACUGUGGUCUUAGUGAUCUCAAAGGAGUGGGCCAGUUCUACACUUGGAGUAAUAAACAGCAAGGUGUUGAUAGGGUCUUUUGCAAGCUGGACAGAGCCCUUAUUGGUGGAAGUUUUGAUCAUACUCCAUUGGUUAUCAGGUUGAUACAGGAUACACAAAAACUGAGAAGGCCUUUUAGGUAUUUCGGAAUCUGGAGAGAAUUAGAAGGCUAUGAUCAGGUUAUCAAUGAAAUCUGGAGUGAUAAGGUGAAUGGUUCAAAAAUGUAUGUUGUUGUCACCAAGUUGAAAGCUACAAAGAAAGCAAUUAAAGCACUCAAUAGAGAGUCUAUGAACAUCCAAAGAGCUUCUGAUAAGUACAAGAGAAUUCACAAGCAGUAUGUAGACUACUUGGGUCAGAAAGCCAGGGCAGCUUGGAUUAAGGAUGGUGAUGACAACACCAGGUUAUUUCAUCAAGCCAUCAAGCAAAGGAGGAUUCAGAACAAUGUUUAUAGCAUUUGUGACAAGGAGGGUAAUUGGGUUGAUAAGCCUGAUAUGAUUCACAAAGCCUUCUUGGAGUACUACUUGCAAUUAUUGGGUACAACAAUGGAGAAUAGAAAGUCAGUAGUUCAGGAGAUAAUGGAUCUUGGGCCCUGUGUUGAAAAUGAAGAGCAUGAAGGCCUUAUUGCUCUUGUCAUACCAGAAGAAGUCAAGCAAGCUAUGUUUUCUAUUCCAGGUGACAAAUCUCCUGGGAGUGAUGGAUUUGGGUCAUACUUCUUCAGAGAUAACUGGGAUCAGAUUGGAGAUCAGGUAACUCAAGCUGUUAUUUCUUUCUUCCAUAGUGGUAAAAUUUUGAAAGAAAUAAAUGCUACAGUCUUAGCCCUUAUCCCUAAAUGUAAGGUGCCAAAUUCUGUAGUUGAUUUUCGUCCCAUUGCUUGCUGCAAUGUGAUAUACAAGGAUCUCUUGAAAGACUAUGGUAGGAAAGGGUGUAGACCUAGCUGUAUGAUAAAAAUGGACAUGAGGAAGGCCUAUGAUACCAUUGAAUGGAAUUUUGUGAGAGAAAUGAUGAGAGGACUCAGACAGGGUGACCCCAUAUCACCUAUGUUAUUUGUCAUUUGUAUGGAGUAUAUGAGUAGGAUAAUGAAGUUUAUAGGGAUGAAAAAUGGGUUCAGCUUUCAUCACAGGUGUAAGUCUCUCAAACUUAACCAUCUGGUAUUUUCUGAUGAUGUGUUAUUGUUCUGUAAAGGAGAGUUUAUUUCUACUUAUAUGCUUCUGCAAGGGUUCAAACUAUUCUCAGACACCUCUGGUCUUUGUGUAAAUAAGACUAAAACAGCAGUGUAUACAGCAGGCAUGGAAGAUGAGGAGAUCAUUGUUAUUCCUAAGGGUGUGAUUAAAAAGAUAAUGGAGGUUUGUAGGGCCUUUUUAUGGAGCGGAGAGUAUUAUAGUACAAAGCCAGGAAAUGUGGAUUGGAACACUACUUGUUUACCUAAAAGAGCUGGAGGUCUUGGAUUUCGAAGAAUAGAUACUUGGAACCAAGCUGCUCUUGGAAAGUUGGUUUGGGCUAUUGCAAAAAACGAAGACACUCUUUGGAUCAGGUGGGUUAAUGCUGUGUAUGUGAAGAAUGCUGAUUGGUGGGACUACAAAGCCCCAAGUAAUGCUAGCUGGAAUCGAAUCUACACAAAAGAUAGAUUGAAACAGUGGGGGAUUCUUGCUGAUGAUGAGUGUUCUAUCUGUCAGAGACAGGAAGAAACUCAUAACCAUUUACUCUUUCAAUGUGAGUUCAGCACAAGACUGAUGCAGUUAGUUCUGGGUUGGAUUCAAAUCAGAUGGAUGGAUAGAUCCUUGAUUAUGUGGUACAAGUUGAUAGGAAGGAGUAAAUGCUCUGGGUUCCAGAAGAAAGUCUAUACUGCAUCACUAAAUGAUACUGUGUAUGCAAUCUGGCAUACUCGAAAUGAUGCUGUUUGGAAUGCUAAAGUUAACAAUCCAAGAAGUGUUUCUGAAAAAAUUAGAAGAGAUGUUAUUUGUAGAAUUAAAACUCAUAGUCCUGAGAGGAUGAACAGUAGAGAUAGUGUUUGGUGGGAAAGCCUAUGUAGUAGUGUGUAA